CAGUACUUUCCCCACGAUAUUCCUCUCCAUAAUCCGCCAAUUCCAACAGUACGGUGUCUAACAAAAUCGGUGUACCCUAUCCACCGCACACGAAGACAGCUGCGCCACUUGCUGCUACAGGGAAAGUUACGUCAGUGUUGUCACCCCUUGAUUCCGCACGCGCCAGUGGAAGCACAGUCGUGCCGGCCGCUGUCGCUGCAUGCAGAACCGGACGGGCGCGAUGAACUCGACCAGGACAGCAAUCGAGGAACAUUGGCGGGCAUCGGAAGAAGGUGAUACAGAAGCCGAACACGUCAUCUACGCCUUGGACGCGAUUCUCGACUAUCCCCAAUCAGGCGAGCGAUUCCGUGGUCGCACGACGAUUGCUGCGCAACGUGGCGGCCACCCAGCAGAGCGGCACUUCACGGUGCAACGGAUCUCAGGCAACGGCAAUCUGUGGGUGAGCGAGUGUAUCAUCACCUACGACGACGUGCCAACUUACUCAUUUUCCAUCAUGGAAUUUGCUAGCGAGUUGGUAGUGCACGAGACGCAGUACUUCGCUGACUCCUUCAGUGCGCCUGCGUGGCGGGCAGCACUCGCGGAGCCGAUGCCGGGCAGGCACAUCGACAGGGCAUGAUCGCACCAAAGAACUUCUUCACAUAGUUCGUCAUUUUGAGCAUUGAUCUCUUUGAGGCUCGGUCUGUUGUCGAGAAAGGCGUCUCGCUCAGAUGCGUGACGAGCCGUCUGACCCCAUCGAGCUUCGCGUCCUGCUGGUCAGGCACGUUCGAUGGACUCUUCGCGGCUUUCGUCUUCCACUGAUCUCAAGGUGCUUGUGGUACAACCUCAAAUUCAUCUAGGUAUAAAGAGCCUUAGCGCUCGGCUUUAGCGUUCCACCUCCUCGUCCACGAGUACUGUCCCUAUUGGCCACGCAUCAACUUCCAUACAAAGCUGCAUUAAUUGCGUGCAUUUAUUUAUAUUAUGGCCGGACACCAAAAUACUGAGUUACAAAUUAGUUGAAGGAAUAGUCGACGACCUUCAAAUUCAAG